AGUCAGAGCAUUUGAAGUUUUUCAAUGAAUAGUGACUAAGCAGUGCAACCACAAUAAACCCAAAGAAGAAAACAAAUACCUGCAGUGUAGUGUAAUACAAAUAAUAAUCAAGAAGAAAUUUGUACCAUUUUUUACAUAGUGCAUUUGGAAAGAAAAAGAACUGGAUUAGUAAAGUUGGAGGCAAAGAGAAGCAGAAGAGCCGCUAAAAAAUGUUGCCGCCGCGAUUGCUGCGAAUUGCUUUUGUAAUAUGUCUGCUGAUUGUUUUGCUCUCACCCUCCACAGACAGCGCACAGACCAAGACGCGUCGACGCUUGCGCCGCCCGACGACAACUGUUAGCUCCAAGAAGGUCACCGAGGAGACGCCUGUGGCCCAGAAGCGCAUCGAUCAGGAGCCAGCCUCGACGACCAGCGUCAGCAGAAGGACACGUCUGCGCUCCAAGUCUAAGCUGCGAGGUGGUGCAGCAGCAGCAGCAGCUGGUGGUGCCGCACUUGUGGCAAGUGGAUCAUCGCUCAAGGGCAAGAAGACCAAAGUGGACGAUGGAACGCCAAAGAUUGUCUGCUACUACACCAAUUGGUCGCAGUAUCGCGUGAAGAUUGGCAAGUUUGUGCCGGAGGAUAUUCCCGCCGAGCUCUGCACACACAUUAUCUUUGCCUUCGGCUGGCUGAAGAAGGGCAAGCUGAGCUCCUACGAGUCCAACGAUGAGACCAAGGACAAUGUGCCCGGCCUAUACGACCGCAUGAUGAGUCUGCGCAAGGCCAAUCCCAAGCUGAAGAUUCUGCUGGCAAUUGGUGGCUGGUCCUUUGGCACCCAGAAGUUCAAGGAUAUGUCUGCAACCCGUUACACCCGCCAGACCUUUGUCUACUCCGCCAUUCCGUUCUUGCGCAAGCGUGGCUUCGAUGGUCUCGACAUGGAUUGGGAGUAUCCCAAGGGCAGCGAUGACAAGAAGAACUUUGUGCUCCUGCUCAAGGAGUUGCGCGAGGCAUUCGAAGCGGAGGCCCAGGAACUGAAGCAGCCACGACUCCUGCUCUCCGCCGCUGUGCCCGUCGGCCCGGAUAAUGUCCGGGGUGGCUACGAUGUGCCCGCCAUUGCCAGCUAUCUGGAUUUCAUCAAUCUGAUGGCCUACGAUUUCCAUGGCAAGUGGGAACGCGAAACGGGCCACAAUGCACCACUCUAUGCUCCUUCAACGGAUUCGGAGUGGCGCAAACAGUUGUCGGUGGAUAAUGCGGCCAGUUUAUGGGUGAAGAUGGGCGCACCAAAGGAGAAACUGGUGAUUGGCAUGCCCACCUAUGGACGCUCCUUUACGCUGGCCAACACCGACAAACAUGGCCCAAAUGCACCCGCAACUGGCGGUGGACGCGAGGGUGUCUAUACCAAGGAGAGCGGCUUCCUCGCCUACUACGAGAUCUGUGAAAUGCUGCUCAAUGGCGCCGUCUACGUUUGGGAUGAGGAGAUGAAGGUGCCGUACAUGGUCGAUGGUGACCAGUGGGUCGGUUUCGACGAUGAGCGUGCCAUCCGCAACAAGAUGCAGUGGAUCAAGACGAACGGGUAUGGCGGUGCCAUGGUCUGGACCGUCGACAUGGAUGACUUUAAGGGUGAGGUAUGCGGAGGCAAUGUCAAGUAUCCCCUGAUUGGAGCCAUGCGCGAAGAGCUGCUGGGCAUAUCGCGUGGCAAGGAGGCCAAGGAUGUCAACUGGACAGCAGUGGCAGCCACUUUCGAGGACAUCGAAGAGAAACCGGAACCCAUCAAGAUUGAUCCUGAGGAGAUCAUCAAGAAGGUGCGCAAGCCGCAUAUACAGAAGAAGCAGCGCAUCAAGGGAGGAUCCCAUGCCGUGGACACAAACACACGUCCCGCUCAGGUCUUCUGCUACUUGACCAGCUGGUCUGCCAAGCGACCCGGCGCUGGCAAAUUCGAGCCGGAUAACAUUGAUCCCAAGCUGUGCACCCACAUUGUGUAUGCCUUUGCCACGCUGCAGGAUUACAAGCUGACGGAGGCCACCGACGACGAUCCGGAGAACUAUGAGAGUGUAAUUGCCUUGCGGGAUACGAAUCCCGAUCUGCAAAUCCUGUUGGCCAUUGGUGGCUGGGCCUUUGGCUCGACACCGUUCAAGGAGCUCACCUCGAACGUGUUCCGCAUGAAUCAGUUCGUCUACGAGGCCAUCGAUUUCUUGCGCGACUACAAGUUCAACGGAUUGGACGUCGACUGGGAGUAUCCGCGUGGUGCCGAGGAUCGUGUGGCUUAUGUGAAUCUGCUGCGCGAGCUGCGUGUCGCCUUCGAGGGCGAGGCGAAGUCUUCGGGUUUGCCACGCCUCCUUUUGACGGCGGCGGUGCCGGCGUCGUUUGAGGCCAUUGCCGCUGGUUACGAUGUGCCGGAGAUCUCCAAAUAUCUGGACUUUAUCAAUGUGAUGACCUACGAUUUCCAUGGCCAAUGGGAGCGCACAGUGGGACACAAUUCGCCACUGUUCGCCUUGGAGUCGGCAACGGGCUACCAGAAGAAACUAACUGUGGAUUACAGCGCACGCGAGUGGGUCAAACAGGGUGCGCCCAAGGAGAAGCUAUUGAUUGGCAUGCCCACCUAUGGCCGCAGCUUUGAGCUGGUCAACGAUACACAAUUCGAUAUUGGAUCACCCUCGUCGGGUGGCGGCAAAUCUGGCAAGUUCACCAGCGAGGCGGGCUUCCUCAGCUACUACGAGGUGUGCUCCUUCCUGGCGGCGGACAACACAACGCUCGUCUGGGACUCGGAGCAGCAGGUGCCCUUCGCCUACAGGGGCAAUCAGUGGGUCGGAUUCGACGACGAACGUUCGCUGAAGACAAAGACGGAAUGGCUAAAGGAGCAAGGCUUUGGCGGCAUUAUGGUCUGGUCAAUAGACAUGGAUGACUUCUCGGGUCGCUGCGGCAGUGGCAAAUAUCCCCUGUUGAAUGCGUUGAGCGAUGAGCUGAAGGACUACAAGGUGGCUCUGGAAUACGAUGGACCCUAUGAGUCCCAUGGACCACGCGGUGCCUACACAACAAAGGACCCACACGAUGUCACCUGUGCCGAGGAGGAUGGUCACAUUAGCUACCACAAGGAUUGGGCCGAUUGCACGCAUUACUAUAUGUGCGAGGGAGAGCGCAAGCAUCACAUGCCAUGUCCUGCCAACCUGGUCUUUAAUCCCCAGGAGAACGUCUGCGAUUGGCCCGAGAAUGUUGAGGGCUGUGGCGCCCCAGCGGAGGCGACCACCUAAGCCAAUGCGAGCCGGGACUAAUUGGAGCUGCUUUGUGAGGAUCAGCGGAUCCUCUUCAAGUUGUUAAUACAUACAUAUACAUUAUUAAAUGUUUCCCCCCCCCCCCCCACUCUUUAGAUUUUAGUAUAAAACUGCGAAACUGCUGCCACUCCUCCUUACCCGCCCCCCACAACUAACGCGAACAAAUACUCAACAAAUUUGCUAAAGUUCAGCUGAAUUUUUUGUACUUAAUAUAAGUUUUAAUUAAAGAGCCUAAGUUUAAGUAGUUUAGUUGACCUAGCUAAAAGAGGAUUGCACAACUAUUUAGUUGCUAUUAAGACACAAACAACAAGCCAACAUCUUUCGCCCAGCUUUAUCUUCUCGAAUUCGAUAAACAUUUUACCACAACAACAAGAACAACAAAAAACAAGAAAAGGGUAUAUAGAAGCGGCCGAACUUUUAUAUAUUUAACUGUGAUAACCACACACAUAAGAAACAACAGCAACAGCAACAACCAUCAAACAACAACAAAUGCUACUCCAUCAAAUUGAAAUUGCCCACAAUUACUACCCCCUGCCGCGUUACAGAAAAAGAAUACAACCAACCCACAAUUAUUACCGCAAACUCCUCUUUCUAUCUCGCUAUCUCUCUCUAACACGAAAGUUGUACAUUUCCAAGUUUUAACUAUAAAAUUUGUAUUAUACGUUGUAAUUAUUUAGUUAAAAAUAAAAACUUUAAAAACAA